UUUGACAAAACUAGCUCCACUGCCGAGCAGGUCAAGUUACUCGACUUCGAUCACGACAGGAGUCUCCGUGUCACAAGCCAUGUCCGAUAACCACCAAGCUCCUCCCACUCAACCUCCAGCUGAAGCUACGCAGACGGAUCCGCCCAUUCAAGCUCAACCUACACCUCCUCGGCAGAUUGAUGAGAACACGGAUUUGAAAACGUUGACGGAUGAGGAGAUCAAGCAGCUGAAUGAGAUGGCCGAACAGAGUGCCAUGAAGGUGCAGGAUGAGAGGCCGCUUGUAUCCUUUCCCACACCACUCUCCCUGAUCAAGGCCGAAUUUGACGAUCCUUCAACUCCCUCUCAAAAUGUCAGGCGUAAAGUGGACAAGCUAGAAAAGGACGGGUGGGACAUGGUCUGGCGAACGAGAGGAGAUGGGGACUGUUUCUACCGAUCUUUCAUCCUGGCAUAUCUCUUACGAAUCCUACAUUCGGAAAGCCCUCAAUUACAAGCCAACCUUGCGUUCUCGAACAUCCAAUCGGCACUGCCAUCGUUCGAAAAGGCAGGAUUUCAGUUGGAUCUACUUGAAGACUUUCUGGAACCUCUGCUGGAACAAUUGAAAAAGUUUGAGGAUCAGGCUACUUCGCCUACUGAGCAUGAGAUUGUGACGGUUUUGCAAAAUUCGGAAUCGAGUCAGAGCAUGAUCGUCGUUCUCCGAUACUUUACCUCGGCCUACAUCCGUAUCAAUUCGGAAACCUUCGCUCCCUUUCUCAUGCACCCCGAAAACUUUGAGCCCAUGGAUCCGGCCGACUUUUGCUCGGCAUGGGUAGAACCGACUGGGAAAGAGGCUGAUCAGGUAAUGAUCCAAGCACUCGCCCGAUGCCUGAGACAAGGCAUCAAGGUGUGUUACCUCGAUGGGAGUAGCAGUCAAGAAGACGAAGGGGGUGCGAGCUUUGUGGAUUUCGAGAUCGAAGAAGGACAAGGGGUCGGGGAGGAGCCGUUGAUGUUGCUUUAUCGACCUGGUCAUUACGACGUACUCGCGCCGCUCGCCACACCGUCCUCGAAAUAGUUGCCGCCAACGUUGCUGUAUACCGUAUUCGAAUCAUAGAUAUACCAUCGUCCGUCCCGGAA